GGGUUUAGGACCGCCGUUAAAGGCGAGUCCAGUAGGCUCCCUCUCAGUGUGCUCGCAGGGCUGCUCGGGUCUAGUAACAGCGGGUUGCGGAGAUUCUUUUAGGGUUUUUUAAAAGCGGAAUUUGUGGUGAAGACGCUGCUGCACCGACGCUAAGAUGGCUGACCAACUUACAGAAGAGCAAAUUGCUGAGUUCAAGGAGGCCUUCUCGCUCUUCGACAAGGAUGGAGACGGCACCAUCACCACUAAAGAGCUGGGCACCGUCAUGCGCUCUCUGGGCCAGAACCCCACGGAGGCCGAGCUGCAGGACAUGAUCAACGAAGUCGACGCAGACGGAAACGGAACGAUAGACUUCCCAGAAUUCCUCACCAUGAUGGCCAGGAAGAUGAAGGACACAGACAGCGAGGAGGAGAUCCGAGAAGCAUUCCGUGUCUUUGAUAAGGAUGGAAACGGCUACAUCAGUGCUGCUGAGCUGCGUCACGUGAUGACGAACCUGGGAGAAAAGCUAACCGACGAGGAAGUGGAUGAGAUGAUCAGAGAAGCAGACAUCGAUGGAGACGGUCAGGUCAACUAUGAAGAGUUCGUACAAAUGAUGACGGCGAAGUGA